AUGGGGUUUGCUAGUGAUUGGAUAAGGCUGAUUAUGAGUUGCUUGCGUACUAAUAGCUUCUCCUUUAUCUUAAAUGGUGAGGUCACGGGAUCACUCCUUCCAUCAAGAGGACUCCGUCAAGGUUGUCCACUAUCGCCAUACUUGUUUCUAAUCUGUUCUGAGGCCUUGUCCAGAUUACUCCAACAUGAAGAAGAAGCUGGUCAUCUUAAUGGGUUUAAGUUAACAAGACAUGCUCCAUCCAUCUCUCAUUUGUUUUUCGCAGAUGAUAGCCUUCUUUUCUGUCAAGCAAAUGAGUCCUCUUGCCUUGCCAUUAAAAGAUCAUUGGAUUUCUAUCACAAAGCUUCGGGUCAAGUUCUCAAUUCAGACAAAUCAGUUAUGUCUUUCUCACCCAAUACAACACUGGCGGCUCAAGUUUUUUUCCAUCGACCUCUGAACAUGCCAAUCUGUGAAUGCCACGAAAGAUACCUUGGUUUGCCUUCCUACUCUGGGAGGGAUAAUAAGAGGAUGUUUAGUGAUAUUAAGGAGAAAAUAUGGCGACUAAUGCAUACUUGGACAAGCUUGGAGAAACAACCAGACUCCUUACUUGCAAAGGUGCUGAAGAGUAGAUACUACCCGAAUAACAAUUUCCUUCAAGCUAACAUUGGUCACUCCCCCUGUUUAACUUGGCAAGGCAUCCAUUGGGGUAGAAGCCUUCUUGUUGCUGGUUUACGUUGGAAAAUUGGAGAAGGAUGUAGGAUAAAUUGUGCUGAUGACCCGUGGAUUCCAAGACAUUCCACCUUUCGGCCAUACCACUUCUCCGGACCACCUGAUACGACUGUCUCAAACUUAAUUGCAGAUGAAAGGCAAUGGGAUUUAGCACUCCUAAAUCAAUGGUUUUCCUCUCCAGAUGUAGAUCGUAUCUUAACUAUUCCGCUGAGCUUUUUCCGUUAUGAAGAUACCCUUGCUUGGAACCCCUGCUCCUCUGGAAUAUAUUCGGUCCAAACAGGCUAUCACCUAGCUGCUUCCCUAGCAGAAACCGAUGACAGCUCAUGUUCUUCAACGUUUGCUUCAUGGUGGAACUUCUUAUGGUCACUGUCCUUGCCACAAAAGAUUAAGAUUUUCAUUUGGCGGGCCUUUAAUGAUGCUCUCCCUGUUGCAACAGCCCUUGUAAAGCGCAAGAUUAUCACAGAUUCAACUUGUUCCUUGUUCCAUCUGUCAACAAGCUUGGGAAACUGCUGGGCAUGCACUAUUCAGUUGCUUAUGCACAAAGGUGAUUAUUUGGUGCACUUUGGGCAAUCUGGACUGAACGGAACCGUGUGGUUCAUGGUCACAAAGCCAAACCAGCAAAAGACCUUGCUUUUUUUUGCAAAAAACUAUUGGCAUAACUACACUGCUGCCCAACUGAAGUGCUCUUCUUCUGCACCAGAUCCCAACUCGCUCGCUGCAGCUACUACUGCUUCUUUGCCACAAAUUUCUCCUGCUGCACCAUUGAUGCCGUGGACUCCUCCUCCACUUGGAAUGCUGAAGAUGAAUGUCGAUGCGGCAGUAGAUAGCACACGAAAAAUUACUGGUAUUGGUGCUUUAAUUCGAAGUUCAAAUGGUGAGGUUGUAGCAGCCAUCCAGUUCUUGGUUGUUAUGCAUCUCAUGAAAUGGAGGCAAUUGCUAUGUUUCACUGCUUAA